AUGUCGCGCGACGAACCGGGUUACCAAAGUUGCGAUUCGAAUCAAAGAAAAGAAAAGGUAGUUCGCUGGGAGCAUAUAAUAUCAGGCUUCUCAGAGGUGUUGGUUCGAAUCCAACUCGUGACGCCACUUGCGGGUGAAUUUGUGAAAACCAAGCUUAAGGAGCAGAAAUUGACCCUAAGGGUGCGGGAAUUAGAAUAUGAUCUAAUAGAGGAGCGGCGAAGGGAGCCGUUACCAGUGAUCAUAAAUGGGAAUGAAGGCAUCAGGGUGGUCGGUAGGUCCGAGAGCACACCAAGAAAGCCUUUCAAGGAGCACUUCAAACAGGAGAUGGCUAAACAAGUUUACAAGGAAUUUUUUGAAGUGGCCGAAAAGAUCCCCACUGGCACCUUUGAAGGGACUAGCGCCAAGCUCGAAAUUAAGGAGAUCCGAAAAUGGUUGGAGCCUCGAAAGAGGAACUAA